AAACAGAAAUAAUUAUACAUUCUUUCGUUAUUGAAUAAUGCAACCAAAUAAUGUAGUGAUACAUAUGCCGAUGCACCUAAGGACUCUACUUCAACUCAGCCGUUCAACACAACAAAGCCAAUACUUCGAUUGGAGAAAAUGUUCACUAUCACUGAUGACGACGGUGAAAGUAUUGUUAGCAUCGACGACUAUGAACAAACUACACAAAACAACAAUUCAGAUCAAGCCGACAAUGACGACGAUGGUAAAUUUGAUACACAGCCUAGGAAUAAAAGUGGAAGACUCAAGUCGACAGUGCAAUUCCCGAGCAACUUAGAAUACCAUCGUCACUUUCCUGAACCCAAGCACCCAAUUGACGAUGUCGACGAUCAGGCGGGGAGUAGCAUUACAACAUUGGAAAAAUCAUUGUUCGCCACUAAACGAGAGAAAUUUUUGGAAUACGUCCAUGAACGGCUUCCCAGCAGUAGAAUUGUUCGUCGAGUGCUAAAAUGCUCUAUAGCUUACUUCAUUGCAUCUCUUUUCUGCCUUAUUGACCCACUUUCCCAUUCUAUUGGAAUUGCACCUUUCUUAGCUGUCACUGGCAUGCUUUUCAGUCAUCCAGGUCGAAGUAUGGGGGCUCAAUUUGAUGCAACAGUAACAGCUGUCUUGGGUGUAGUGGCGGCCGUGCUCUAUGCUUUUAUCGGCAUGGAAUGUACUGUUGCAUACAACAAAAGCCAUGCUAGUACAGAUUCCCUUAGCAACGGCCGAGCCAUUAAUGCCUUCUUUCUAUUUCUGGGCAUCUUCCUUGCCCAAAUUUUACGGCAAAUAUACCCCAAAUUUCAUUUUUUCUCGCUACAAUUCAUGAUCAUACAAAUUUUUAGUAUGACUCGUGCGUUCGAUUAUACCAUUGCGCCCCUUGAUUUACCAUUACAGUACGGUUAUCCCCUUUUAAUUGGGCAUGCUAUUUCCCUAUUUGUCAAUUUAUUCAUCUGGCCUGAAACGGCAGUCGACGGUCUAGGCAGAGCCUUGAAGGAAACGAUCAAUGGUAGUCAGACAAUGGUGCAGUUAGUAAGCAAACAGUUUGUCUUGGACCCUGACUCAGAGCCUUUGAAUGACUCAGUAAUCAAUGAUGCCUCGGCUAAACUGAGAAAAGGAAUGACCAAAGUCAAAUCGGCUUAUAGAGAAGCCAAGUACGAAAUGUCAUACUCUUACGUGCGUCCUCAACAAUUGGGUCAACUUAGAAAAUCCUUGAGUCGAUUAACGAAGCAUCUGAACGUAUUAGGCAGCUGUUUAAAGACUGAACAAGAACUAUUUGAAAGUGCCAUUCAUGUUUUACAAACGCCGUUCUACAAUGGGGAGAUAAGUAGUGAUACUGAUGCCGCCAGUGGCCGGUUUGUCAAUAACGGUUAUAGCAGUGGUGAAGAAGAGGGAAUAGCCGGCCCUAGUAAAAGCCGCCGUCAUUCACAUCACUCUUACAGCGAAGAUGAUCUAAAUUUGGUUAAAACAGCAGCUAUACGUGCAGCAUUUUCUGAUCUUACGGGAGAAAAAUUGAACAGCUAUAUGAGCAGGAAUUCCAGCGCAAAGUCUUUGGCCCUGAAUUCAAGGCCCAAUUCAGCACAUUACUCAGAAGAGGAAGGCGACUAUCUUGAACAAAAUCAAAAAUCAGUAAGCUCUUUUCGAUCAAUGUUACAUCUACAGGCACUCUCUAUCCCAAAACCUAAACCACCUAAAAAAUUGAGAAAGAAAACAGAAUACACCCAUCGCCACUUGUUAUUAAAUUAUGUUACCACGCUUAAAGAUCCCUUACUUGAGCUAUCAUUAAACUGCUCAAACGUAUUAGAAUGUUUACAUGAUGGGAUAACCUCCGAGCUAGGAAUGGAUUAUGACGAUCACGACCAUGGUAUUCGAAAAACUUGGAAAUCUUUUCUAAGACAUACUUUUAAAAUGGGAAGUAAAAAGGAAUUGGACGUGGAGAAGGCGUUUGAACGGCACAAAGGAAGUGCUACUUGCAACUGCUCGCAACUUUUACGACUCUCUAUUCAAAAAUUUGACGAAAAUGAACGAAGUCGAAUGCAUGACAUUUAUGAAAUCAAUAAGCAGCGUGUACGUGGUAGCACUCUGGAUUUAGGCAUGCGUCAAGAGUUAUUUCUAGUGUUUUUCUUCAUUUUCACUUUACGAGAGGUAGCAAAUGAACUGCAAGACAUGAUGCUAAGUAUGGAUGAGCUAAGGUUACGCUCGAAAAGGGCAACUUUCAACGGUAAAAGGAAGAAACAUCUGUAUUUUCCUGGUUUAAGCUAUAAAAUGUGGAGAAAAUGGGCAAAAGGGAACAAUCAUCAAAACACCCGUGACAAAGGCGGUUACUCUUUUGGCACAUUAACUACCUAUCUUCCAAAGGAAGAACAGAAAGCAGCUACUGCAGACAAAGAAGUAGAUGAGUACGACCAAUUGUCGAAAAUUCAAACGAAUGAUAAUUUGAAGCGCACGAGGAGCCGGCGAGAAUCUUCAUUACGAAGAGUACCCGAACAACCGGCACACGAUAUUAGCCCUCCAAUGUUAUAUCAUCGAUUUAAAAGAAGUUAUCAUAGUCAUGACGAUAAAAGAAAUUCAGAUACCCAUAUUAAUAUACCGCUUACCGCAAACUCACCUGCGAUGGAGGAUGCUACGAAUACGUCUAGCAACAGCAGUUUUAAUAAAAAAAAGAAAUUGGAAAAUUGGCCUGUUAUGUUACGAAUACGUUAUCAAAUUUGGGUCUAUAUGCAAUAUCUGACGCGAUACGAAUUCAAAUUUGCAUUGAAAAUGGCAAUUGCAGUUCUUGUUCUCAGUAUACCAGCAUUCUUACCUUCAUGGGAGGGUUGGUACUAUAGUGUACGAGGUCAAUGGGCCCCUAUGACUGUUAUUGCUAUUAUGAAUCCAACAAGUGGCGGUACUAUUCAAGCUAGUUUUUGGCGUGUAGUCGGUACUUUAGCCGGCGCUUUUACUGGUUGGGCUGCUUUGGCAGCUGGCGAUGGAAGUCCAUAUCUUUUAGGCGUAUUUGCUGUUCUUUUAGCUCUAGUAUCGUUUUAUAUACAUUUAGGGAGCACGUAUAAUAAGGUUGGUAUGGUCACUUUGACCACUUACGAAGUCGUUGCACUUAGCAGAUAUGUUUUCCCACCUGCAAACGAAACAAUAGCUGCUACAGAAAAGAACUAUCACACUAAUUGUCGGUAUAUGCGUAGCUCUGCUGUUGAACUCGUAAGUGCUCCCCCUUUUGCAUUAAGAGAUGGGUAUUUCACUCCAUUUUAUGCUUACAAAGCUCUUCUCCCUAAAAUCGAUAGUAUAAUCUGGCCCUUUAUUGCACGACACAUGGUACGGAAAUCCAUUUCAGCUUGCAUAUCGCAACUAGAAGACUAUUACACUUUUGUAAUGGGUACUUACUUAUACCAUGACCCACAUGCCAUACCAAAUAAUACUGAUAUUACAAGAGGAGAAAAACUGGAAAGCAAACUACAGUCAGCCAUUGACGCGUGCUCAGUUCUGUUAGAGCUGACGGAUCACGAACCCCGUUUUCGCGGGCCUUUCCCUAAACUGUUUUAUAAAGAAAUGAUUACCUCAAUGAGGAAUAUCUCAGAUCGAUUGUUAAAUAUGCGAAUAGCUCUGAUUCAGAUGCCAACGGCUGUCAAAUUGGAUAUAUGUGCCAGAGAUUAUCAUACAGAUAGACGGAAUAUGAUUGCAUCCUUGCUAUUGCUCUUUCACGUUCUUGCAGCGUCUUUAAGAUCGAAAACAACUCUACCCAAUUUUAUGCCAUCUGUACGGGCAGCGCGCAAGAAACUGAUGGACCAUCGUCGUUCUGAUGCCAAGAAGACAAACUGGGUGAAGUUUCGAAAUUUGACGUGGUUUGCUAUGGCCUGCUCCACAGAGGAGAUAAUCGAUGAAUUAGAAUAUCUUUGGAGUCUUACACGGUAUGUGGUGGGCGACAGCGAUUACGCAGACUUAGCUAGACGUAUAGACGAAUAUAUAGGCCCCAAUGAGACAGAUGAAGAGAAAGUUGUAGUUACUUUUUAGUAGAAGCAUUGCAUUUGUAUAUAUUUUAUUUUGUAUUAUGACAAUGGUUGCAUUAACUAUUGGUCUGUUACUUUGGACCGAACGUUCACAUUUGGAGUAUCCGUGAUGUAUUUUGUUAAAAAUGGUAUCCAAGAUUA